AUGCAGCGGGGAGCGAGCAUACCACACUGGGGGAGCAAUGGACACCUCGAGCUCCUCGAAGGUGACAGCUUGCUGACCGUCGCGGCAGUGGAAUACCAUGACCCACACGGUGUCUUCGCGCUCAUAUCGAACGAUAUCGCCGCGCGGCUACCGGUCCGCAACCUGAUAUGGAGAUCGCCAACACGACCUUUGCGGAAGAUCAACUCUUUGCACCUCGACUUCGUGCCGGACAACUUCACGAGGAACAGCUUGAGGCCAGCGCAGAAGACCGAUUCAGACGGCGCGACCAGCUUCGACAUUGUUCGAAGCGGUGUGGAUCCUCGCAAAGAUGGAGUCAAGGAGCGCAGGCACCAGAUUCCCGGGCUACAGACAAGCCCAUACUUGAAGCUCUAUAUCUUGAGAGCGGAUGAUAAGGACACCUACAAGGCUACGGAGCGGAAGAAGAUUAGGGAAUGGGUGCGCGACAAUGCCGCAGCGAGCAAGAAAGGCAAAGGCGAGAACCACGAUGCCUUCGAUUGGAUGAUCAUACAUGUGGUGAUUCCAGACACAAUCGCCUCGAGCGAGCCAAGAUGGAGGGAGUCUUCGAGAGACUCGGAGGAGCUGAAAGAGCGAAAGCAAGGCAUGAAGCUACCUGGCAAGAGUACCAGAACAGUCUUCGACAAGCUGCGAGCGGACUUCAACGAGACAGGCAAGAGCGGGCAAGAUCGUGUUGCGCAGAUACGCUUGACGAGGGCGCAAGUCUCUGCGGACCUUUUGCCUACACCGGCCAUGGCGACCACUAUCGAAGAGACGCACGAUGAACGAGAGAAAGCUUGGGACCAUCUGAUGGGUAAGAUCAAGACGAUGAUACUGAGCCCUUUCGAUACUCGUGUCCGACAGUACGAGGCAGACGUCGCGGAGCAGGAGUCUCGUCGCGCAAUGCCUGGCUUCAAUUUCUGUACGUUCUUCAUCUACAAGGAAGGUCUGGCUAUGGCAUUCGAGAGCAUUGGGUUGGUGGAAGACGCUCUGGUGAUCUACGACGAGCUUUCGCUUGGGUUCGAGACGGUGUUGAAAAGCAUCUCUGGAGGUCAAGCCGACGGAACGGCCACCACGUUCGCGCCAUUCACUUCUGAUAUCAUCGAUCGAGUUGUCGGCUCAAAGAGCUCCAAGACCAAUGGCGCCGCAUCUGAGGGUAUUCCAGAAUCUGGCAACGUCGGUGCUUUUCAAAAGGACUAUCGGGAGAGAAUCGUUCGGAGCGACAUCUCCGUUUUUGACUUCUCGUGCUACCUUUUCGCUCGUCAAAAUGCGCUUAUCUUGCGCAUUGCGAAUGCGAAGUCAUCUCGAUUCGGCUCGCGAUCUGCUCAGCAAGACGAAGGCGAGGAUCUGGUGCUCAUAUCUGAGGUCUGCUGGAGGAGCGCAAACUUCAUCCACAAUGCAGCCCGUUCGCUUCGACAGGAUCUGUACAGCUACCGGUCGUCGCAGUGGGAGAAGAAGACUGAAACUCCAAUCUCCGAUACUGACGUCGAGAGCCUGGUAUCGUCUUGGACCUACAUCGUGGCCGGGCAGAUGCUCCAUGAGACGUAUUCGCCUGCUCUGGAAACGACGAGCGAGCCUGGUCGGGGCCAGUCAGUACAGAAUGGGAUCAAGCAUCCGUCUGUUGCCAAUUUAGGCGGUGUCAGCGCUCACCCGCAGCGCACAACCAGUCUCCCGUCACGUAAACCCAGAGCGUCAGAACUACAGAAUCGCGACUCGCUUCAAUCGGCGUCUGACAGCGAUUUGAUGAGCCCACCGAUGAGCCCAGGAUUUGAAGCGCCUAGAUCUACUGGAACAACACCUGGCUUGAUCGAGCUUGUGACCUAUCGCGCAGAGCUGCUGAUGAUGCAGCGGAAGAUGCUGGAGCACGUCGCGAAGCAGAGGAAUUGGGUAUCUGGCUGGGCGCUGAUGAAAGACAAACACACCGCAGACAUGGAUGACGUUGACUUGAAUGACGACUCCGACACAAGUGCGGAUGUCCAGAAGUCUGUGCCCAACGCCCCUCCAUCUUCCCUAGUCGCGCAGUCCCUAAAGCCAGCAAUGGCUUCUCGAGAAGCCUUCAACGCGCUAUUCGAGCGGCUGAGCAACCAGGCAACGCGACUGUACUUGACUGCCACUCAAAGCAAACGUGCAGAAUCCAUCAUCGGCGAUCUCGCCAUCCUCAAGUAUCAACAGGGCGACUUCAACUAUGCAGCUGCGUACUUCCAACACGUGCUACCGUUCUACACCGAAGAAGCCUGGAGUCUGAUGGAGGUCGAGGCGCUCAGAAUGCACUCCAUGUGCCUGAAAGAGCUCGACCGAAAGGAGGAGUAUGUCACGACUCUGCUCGCGCUAGCCGCUAAAGCGUGCGGAUGGCGAGUGGCCCAGGGUAUCACGAGUGGACGAGCUCCCACAUUCGAUGAGGUGGCAGAUGUUGCAGGCGUCUUGCCAGAAGCGCUGUCAUUCUCCAAGCACUUGGACACCGAGCUUUCAAAUCCAGCUGCUCUGUACUUUGGCGACAUCAUGCUCGAUCGAGAAGUGGUUCAUAAUGACGACGGAGACGGCUUCUCUCUUCGACUUCGUUUACGGCAUCUGCUGGAUGACGAGGUCCAGAUAGACCACAUCGCCGCUCGACUCGCCAACGUGGACGACCCGAACAUAGAAGUCUGGCUCGCAGCGUCAGAUGUCAAACUCAAGCGCGGCCACAACGAGGUAUCUCUGGAGUCCACGUCAAUCGCCUUUGGCUCAUUCAUCCUGCAUGGCGUGGCUCUGCAGACGAACAAUGUAAUCUUCGUGCACGAACCUCCGAAGGCAGUGGAAGGUAGCAGCGAGACAGUUGAUAUUACCACUACGCUGCAAGCGCAAGCGCCGAAGCAGCCUGCCCUAUUCUUGUACCCGAAUCAACAUGCUUUCGAGGCUGAAGUGACUCUCGCGAAGCACGUACAGAUCGACAAACCACGGCACCUGGAGAUCCGCCUGAGCUCAGGAUGGAAUGAUGUCAAGUCUAUCGACCUGAAGCUCAAGCCUGCUACGGCUGGGUUGAGGCUGCAUCUCGCUGACGCACUUUCGAACAACAUCGAUCCAAGGCCAGAGGACGACCCGCAAGGCCAGCUGUCACUCGGUGCGCUUGCUGCCAACGCCGAAGCCCAGAUUCGCGUGCCGUACUCUUUGGAGCAAGCUGGGCAGGAGAUAUUCGUUCGCAUGGAAGUCGGCUACACCACCUCCAAUGGCUCGUUCACCUUCCUUACCUCCGCCCGACCUCAGACGCGGCUGGCACUCGACGUGGACGUCAAUGAUGACUUUACUAUCGACAAACUGUUCUCCAACUUCACCUUCAAGGCAGCGAGCCACACGCCGAUAUCGAUCUCCAGUGCUGCACUCGGUUCGUCUGCAAGAUAUGCUGUUGAAAGACCGCCGUCCCUGCCGAUGCCGAUGUAUACCUCGGAUCAGCAGCCAGCGAGGCUGGUGUACACGAUUGCGAAAACCUCUGACAGCGCCGAACGUGCUGACAAGAGCGAUGCUACGCUCAUGCUAGAUGUCAAGUACAGUCUAGUCAAGGACACGGUACUGCAUCAAAUGCGGCAGGGUCUUGCUACAACGCUCAAAGAAAGCAGGUUCGCCACUUUCGCACGCCUGCUGCUGCCAUUCAUGUACGAGCGCUGCAAGCUGUUGAUCGCACCAGCAGAUGCUGAGCAAGCUGCACAGCAGCACAAGGUGACUGCACCAUCGUAUGAGGAUAUCGGCUGGUCUGAGAUCACUGCUGGUCUGCCUGACAUUGUUCGGAACGAGAUUGCAGACUGGUUGCGUGAUUGGCACAAGACCGAGACUUCCAUCUCUGUUGAGCCGGACCACGUAGCAGAGGAGCUACAGUGUAGCAUCAAGAUUCCCGUGGAAGUACCCAGCGUCGAUUUCGUCCACAGCGCAUCACUUGACUUACAGCAGGAGGCGAGCAGAUUUUCCAAAGGCGCGCGGAUACUGAAACAGGGUGAACCAGUCAAAGCGCAGCUGCAGGUUGAAACCACGACCAGUUGGCGCCGCAAGUCUACUGCAUCUGGAGAGGAUGCUGAAGGCAAUUUUGUCUACGACAUCCACACCGACCCAGAAUGCUGGCUCAUUGGCGGGCUGAAGCGGUCUCAUUUCACAGCUUCCAAUGGCUCCAGGCAGACGUUUGAUGUCUUACUCAUACCGAUCAUGACCGGCCUUCACGCCCUGCCGCACGUCGAUGUGCAUGUUGCCCAUGCUGCAGAGGACACAAAUCGUGAGCAGAGCACGGAUCUGGCCCCAGCACUGACUUGUGAAAGCCACUACGAGUGCGCCGACCAGCUUGUUCAAGUGGUCAGUGCAUCGCAGACGACGCGGGUGUUUGUUCCAGAGUCGUCUGCAGUCCGUCCUUCCUCGAGGCCAGGUAGCUCGACGACUGGACAGGAUGUUGGAGGAUGA